GUUCAAAAAAAUAAGCUGACAUCCCCGACACGCGUAGUAAAUCCCGGCGCAAGGCGAAGUGCAAGCGUAUCGCGGCGUGAGUGCGUGAAACUCUGAGCCAUCGAGACGCAGACUGACCCACUAGCUGCUUCGUUACCAUCAAACGAAGGGAGGUGGUGUCUCUCUUCUCCUGGAACAAUUUACGAAGACAUGAUGGAGGACAAAGGUAUAGUCGAGGAGUCUACCCUCGAGAGCGAGAUCGACGCACUCUCCAAGAUGAUCACCGACACUAAAGACGUUCCCUCCAGGUUGGUUGGAAGCGACCAAGAUUUCAAGCUGGACUCCUAUGAUUUUUCCGACACUGGACUUCAGGACGACGAGCUUGGUAUCAAGGAUAUUUUGGACAGCUCCGGGGAGAUGGACAGCUUCAUGUCUGCUACCGACAACAGCUUAAGAGACGCGCCAGGGGAAGUUUCAAAUGUAAAUGAAACCGAGCUGCAAACUGGUGAAAUGAACGAGACGAAGGUGCAGCAACUAGAAACAGACGCCAAGACAGUGGAGCUCGACGAUACUUUGAGUGAGAAUAGUCAGGGUGAGCCUGCAAUCAAUGAGGAAACAUUAAAUGCAAAUAAUAGUUUAUCACUGAUAAGUGAUGCUUACACGUCACAAGAAUCUCAAAGUUGCUUGGACCGUCCUUCUGCAACGGUAGUGGAAAAUAUUCAAUCAGAAUCCCAAAAAAAAAACAAAGAAGUCAAAGUUGCUGAGGUAUUGGAAAAUACCGAAAGUAUUAGUGUCAGUAUUGAAAAUCCAAGUGAAAGUGGAGUACAGUUGAAUAUUGAAGAUGAAUCUGUACAUGAGAUCCAACGAAAUGAUGCUGGCCGUUUAACACCUGUGAUAGGCACUGAAAAUUCUGAAAAUACAAAUCAACGUUCAAAAGACACUAAUAUAAGUAGUGUUUGUUCCGAAGCAUCAGUUCCUAAUUUGAAUCCUAAAAAAACAGAUGAAACAACCGAAAAAAAUUGUAAUUCUGAGGUAGAGAAGUUACACAAUCUUCAGUCCCAAAAAGAUCUUGAAGAUGAGGUUGAAUCUAAAGCGAUAGAUGAUGAUACAGCUAAGAAUUUAAAAUCAGAAUUAGAAUCUGAAACAAGUGUAGUUGAACAUACUAAGCUUUCAGAAAAUGUUAAUGCUAACCCAAUAGUUGACAGUAAAGAAAAAAAUUCUAUGACUCGUGUGACUGAGAAUGUAAGAACUAGUGAGGAUGCCAAAGAUCUCGAGGAAUGCGGAUCACCCAAAAAAAUUGAUUCCCAAGAUAAUCAAAGAGUUGAAAAUUCUCAGUCUUCAUUAGCAUGUACUCAUUCUGAGCCUCAUGAACGGAAUAUCGAUUCUGAUAAUACUGAAAUUCUUCAAGAAGAAGCUAAUUCACCAGAGCAGUUAUUUGGCAGUGAAAAAGAAACAGAGAAAGAACACAAUAUUAAAGAAAGUAAUAUAGAUACAAAGGAAUCUAGUCAAUUGUUGAAAGAGACAAAAGAUUCUGUUGUAGAAAGUGUAAAUAACGAUAAGAGUACUAACGAAAGUGUUACUGAGACCAAGGGUGAUCUAAUUACAGCUGUUGAGCAAUUUACUGAAUCUAGAGAAAAACCAAUGUCAGAAUCCACUAGUGUCUUUACAAUAGAUUCUGGGAAUUCAGGUGAUGUAAAUAUCGAGCCAUUUGCUGAAAGUAUUGUUGAAAAAGAACUGAUUGUUGAUACUCAAAAUUCUACAGCAAAAUGUAUCGAUAAAGAAAAUGCACAAGAAUCCAGUAAUAUUGAGCCUUUAAAAGUUUCAGAAUAUGUGAUAAACACUGUUGACGGUGUAAGUGAUGACAAUUUUCCAGACAGCAAAUCCCCUUCUGUUGCCACUGAUUUUGAAUUGGCAUUUGAUCAAGAAGAAGAAGAAGGAGAAGAAGCUGAAAAUGGAGAAAAUCUAAAAGAAUCGACAGAUGGUAUUCAAAAUAAUCAGUCUCAAAACAUUUGCGAAAAAAAAGAGAAUAGCGAAAAUGAAUUGGAGAGCAUUGAAAAUUUAGAAAUUCAUAGUGAAAAUAUUCCUGGUAGUGAAAGUUCACAAGUAAGUGAAUUAGUUUCUGAAAUACCGGAAGGUAUAGAUGAAACGUACGAAGAAACUAUUGAAUAUGACAGGAAUGAUACAGUUUCUGAAGGUAUAAAUAAAAGAAAACAAGAAAACGAAGUAUUACUAGAUGACACUGUCGAAAGUAAACUGGAACAAGCGAGAAAAAUAGAAACAUCUUCUUUAGAGGCUUACAGUUCUGAAACUGAAAUUAAUGCUCAAGAAAUCUUAGACACUGAAAAAAAUGAAGAUGAAUCAGAAACGGAUAUUAUGUAUGAAGAUUUCCAAACAGAUGAAAAUUUGGAUCAAAUGGAAGAUUUUAGUCAGUUGAUAGAGCCAGAAAUUAUUACUAACAUGAAUUAUCAGAGAAAUGCUGAAAAAGAAGGAGAUAGUGUCUCUGAUAGUGUAAUUGAUGAAAAAAGUAGUGAAAUCAGUUUUGAAAAAGAAUCAGAAAUAAGAGAUUCAACAUUAGAAAGUGAGGAAAAUUUUGAAGAAACAGAAGCACUUGAAAAUGAUGGAGGAGAAAACCAAGAAACAGUUGAAACUAUGAUUGAGACCUCUGAGUCUGAAACAGCUGUCAAAUUUCUACAAGAAUCCGAAGAAAACAUCGAAAACACCAAGAUGGAACAAAAAACGACUGGCGAGGGAAAUUCUAGUGAAUUUAUUUCAGUUGAUGAUAACACAUUAUGUGAUAAUGCUUCAGACUUGGCAUCUGAAAUAAAUUUAGAUCCAAUAGCCAUAUCUGAAGCUGAAAUCAUAUCUGAAGCUGCCAAAUUGGAAAGUGAAAAGAAAAAAAGAUUAGAACUGCAGCAGCAGCAGCUUAAAAAUACAGAAGUAGAAGAAUCGAUGCAAGCAAGUGACUUCGGUGUGUCUGAUAAUUUGAUNAUAUAUUAA